GGGUCAGGAUGCUCAGUCCCAAGAUGCAGCGCUCCAUCCGCAUCAACGAGAACCAGGUCAUCAUGCUGUGGGAGAAGGCCCGCAACGACCACACCUACAACAACUCAGGCUUUCUGCACAAGCGAUCGUCCGACUCGAACCGCUGGCAGCUGCGCUGGUUCCUGCUGUACCAGAACCUGCUGUUCUACGCCGAGAACGAGAAAAGUGUGAAGCCGGCCGGGGUAAUCCUGCUGGAGGGCUGCUACUGUGAGCGCCUCAUCACGUCAGGACUGCAGGGCGCCAGGGGCAAGGAGGAGGACAAGCAGUGCUGCUUCGCCAUCACCUACCGCCGCGACCACCAGCGGCAGUACGACCUCCGGGCUGAAAGCGAGAUCGCUUGCAGAGUCUGGAUUGAAGCCAUCAGGCCUGCCAGCUUUAACAAGGUGCUGCUGCAGAAGGAGGAGCUGGAGCAGCAACACCUGCAUCUCUUGCAAAUCGUCGAAAGCGAGAAGACCGCCAAGAAUCUGUAUACUCAGCAGGUUGAAGAACUUUCGUCCGAGAUACGCAAGCUCAGGGCAGAGCUUUGCUCGUUGAAGAAGACGUGGUCGUCUGGGGCUUCAGGAGGGCGUCUCGACGACCUCCCCGAGGAUUCCGAGGAGAUCCGAAAGAUCAAGAAGGUGCAGAGCUUCUUCAGGGGCUGGUUGUGUCGCCGUCGCUGGAAGCAGAUCGUCGAAGAGUACAUCAGGUCGCCCCAUGCGGACAGUAUGCGCAAGAGGAACAGUCUCGUGUUCCGGAUGGUGGAGGCGGAAGAGGAGUAUGUAGAUCAGCUGAACCUGCUGGUGUCGUGCUUUCUGAGGCCUUUCAAGAUGGCAGCGUCCAGUAAGAAACCGCCCUGCAACCACGAGGAUGUCAACUCUAUCUUCCUCAACUCCGAAACUCUCCUCUUCCUCCACCAGAUCUUCCUGAAGGGACUGUCAGCGCGUAUGGAGAGCUGGCCCACGCUGGUGCUGGACGGAAGCCGCGACGUCGCAACCAACAAGCAGAAGAAGGCGACCAGCACGACGAUGCAGCUGCUUGGGAACACCCACCUUGGUGACCUGUUUGACAUGCUAACCUGUUUGCAGUAUAACUAUUACCAUUACCAUUACCCUUACCAUUACCAUGUUCAGGUGCUGGCGGAGUGCAAGCAAAACUCGCACUUCGCGUCGUUCCUCAACAGGCUGGAGGCGCGGCCUGCGCUCCAGAACCGCACCUUGGAGACCUUCCUGACCUACCCCAUGCACCAGAUGCACGACGAGGUUAUGUAUGCUGCCAGGCGUGCGACGAGGUUAUGUGUGCUGCCAGGUGUACGUCGAGGUGUUGUGUGCCGCCAGAUGCACGACGAGGUUAGCGAGACCGAGAACAUCAGGAAGAACCUGGCGAUCGAGCGCAUGAUCGUGGAGGGUUGCGACAUCUUGCUGGACGUUAACCAGGUCUUCGUACGUCAGGGGUCGCUGAUUCAGAUCCACGACGGCGGCAAAGGGCGGCCGUCGAAGCCGCGCCUGCCGCAGUUCAAGCUCGAGAAGGACGCCAUCAGACAGUGCUUCCUCUUCAGCAACCACCUGAUAAUGGCCACCAGGACCUCAGGAGGCAAGCUGCACCUCAUGGCCUCCACAGGGAAGAUCCCUCUGCAGGAGGCCAUCUUGAUAGAGGACCCUAGUGACCAGAUGAUGUGUCAUGAUGAUGAUGGAGAGUCGUCGGUCUGCUCACUGUCGUCGGCGAGCAGCGGCGUGAGCGAGAGCUCUGGCGCCACAAGCUCGGGGUCUGCAGGCAAGACCGGCGCCAGGGGUCUGGUGUCCCCCGAGCAGACCAACCUGGACUUCAAGAUCGUGUGGGAGCAGAAGACCGGCCCGCCUCUCAUCAUCCAUCUUGUUGCCCCCACCAUGCAGGAGAAACAAGCCUGGAUCAGCGACAUCAGUCAGUGCCUGGACAACGUGCACUUCAACAACCUGUUCCGUUCAUCCAUGUCGGACACGUCAUCCAUCACCAUGCCGCACUGCAUCAAGAACGACCCUCGUCUCUUCACCGACGAUGUCGACAUCCGCUUCUCACGCACCCUCAACUCGUGCAAGGUACCCCACAUCAGAUACGCGACGCCGGAGCGGCUGCUGGAGAGGUUGACAGACCUGAGGUUCCUCUCGAUCGACUUCCUGAACACCUUCCUGCUCACCUACCGCGUCUUCUGCGACGGCGUCUCGGUGCUCGAGGCCCUCAAGAAGGUCUACACCAACCCGGACCUCCCAGACCAGGCCGCUGACUCCAGGGAGUCUUCCGUUGAGAGGCGAGGGUCUGAUGUAUAG